CCAACUGUCAGACGGCUGCUGGCAAAAUUUUCGAACAGGUUUUGUAUCGUGCUUAAAAAGUGCCAACACGAAGGUGUAAAAUCGUAAACUUUACAACGGAAGGCAGGGCACAAAAAUGGUAGAAUCUAAAUCGGACAAGUCGGAAGUCAGUAAAGAAAACGAGGAUCCAUCGAAACAGAUGGAUGUUGACGAGGAAGCUGGCGCACAACGCAAGAUUUUCAACAUCGAAAUUUUGCGGGUGAUCAAAGAUCUACAGCUGCAGCAUGGUCUUCGUCAUGGAGACUACCAGCGCUAUCGAGGUUACUGCUCGCGACGUGUGAAGCGCCUCCGUAAGACGCUCAAUCUACCGCAGGGCGAUAAGCGGCACUUCCGCAAGCGCGAUGUUACAGUGGCCAAUCUGGAGAAGGAAAACUCUGACGAACGGUUUAUUCAUAUUCCGCUGAUGUUGGCUGAACGUGCUUGGGCGUAUGCGAUGCAGCUCCGUCAGGAAUCUAAUACCGAACCUAGGAAACGGUUUCAUUUGGUUGGGAAACUGCGCAAGGCAACGGUUUAUGCGCUGCAAUUGCAGGAACUGUGUGCUUCGGAUUAUUGUGACGCUAGGACCAAGCUGGAGGCGGAAGCUUACUCGGCUUGGAUUCAUGGUUCGUUGCAUUUUGAGUUGUCGCUGUGGAAAAGUGCUGCGGAGAAUUUGAAAAAGGCGCAGGUCAUUUAUGAGAAUCUGCUUCGGGCGUUGCCCGAAGAGGAACAGGUCAUCUACAAGGCCAAGGUGGAUGAGUUGAACCCGAGUUUGCGCUACUGCGCCUAUAAUAUUGGUGAAAAUGCUUCGGUGAAUGAUUUGCUUGAGAUGCGCGGCCAGGGAAUGUUGGAUAAUUUGAGCACACUGGUGGCACAGACUAAAACGGAGAGUAUGGAAGCGUUCCAGACGACGCAGUGGCGCGGUCGAAAGGUUACCGUUCGUUCGGAAAAGGUUCGUUUGUUCUUGCUUAGUAUUCAGGAGUUGGCAAAGAGUAUCGAGAAAGCAAAAGGAUUUCCGGCUAAGAUCGAACUGCUAGAAAAUGUGCUGAUGGAUUGUAAGGAUGCCAUUUCGGCUAUCAAGGAUGAAAUAAAACAGGAUCCUAAGCUGCGAGCAAGCGGGGACAGUGGCACAAUGACGGCCACUCAGUAUUUACUUACAUAUUUGUCCUACACUCGAUUGAAGUUGACUUUGGAGAGGAACCUGCUCUUAGUGGCUCAGGGUAAACUGAGUUUGGAUGAUCCGAACGUUUCAGAUAAAGCACAAGUUGAGGGUAAAAAGGCCAAACCCCAGGAUUUGUCUCGUUUGUAUGAAAUAAUUUUGCAAAAUGUUAGCGAAAUGCAACAAUUGGCUGGAAUGGAGUCGGAUGCGGCUUAUCAAUCGGAAAUCGAAACUCUUGCUGUAUCAUUCAAAUCGUUCCGUUGCUAUUAUAUUGCUAUUACUUUGCUGGCGCUGAAGCGUUGGCGCGAAGCAGUGGCCAUGUACGAACGAUCGACAAAAUAUGCCUCGGAAGCAAUUGCUUCGAAAGCCAUUAGCAGUGAUUUCGAUUUGCGCCAGGAGCUUAAGCAGCUUGUGCAGACGAUCGAAGGUUGCAAGUUUUCCGCUCACGCCAACAGCGUGCUGGAGGAUGACAGCGAGGAAUCGGUUCUGUACGGUAAAAGUACGAAGACGUCCAAACCGCUCUUCGAACGGCUGUCCGUGUACAAGGAGGACGCCUCGCUGAACUCCCGGAAUCCUAAUGUGUUCAAGUUGACGCCCGAGAUGCAACCGAUUCCAGCUAAGCCGCUAUUCUUCGAUCUGGCGCUGAAUUUCGCCGAGUUUCCUUCGUUGGAAGAUAAAAUAGAGCAGAAGGGUGGUGCGAAGCAGACGGCCGGAAUGUCCGGCUUUGUUAAGGGACUUUUUGGCUGGGGUGGCAGCGGUGGAAAGUAAAAAUCUGUUUUUUUCUGCAUGCAGGCAUUUUCUUUAAAGUUUUGUUUUCUACUAUCUACUGACCAAUAAUAAAUACAGUCUAAAAGUAAGUAAAUUG